AUGGGGGUUAUCCACCCGUCCGUGUGUCCCCACAUUUCAUUCAAAUCCGCCCGUUUGUGUCCCCACAUUUCAUUCAAAUCCGCCCGUUUGUGUCCCCACCACAUUUUUCAUUCAAAUCCGCCCGUUUGUGUCCCCACAUUUCAUUCAAAUCCGCCUGUUUUUGUUUGUGUCCCCACAUUUCAUUCAAAUCCGCCCGUUUGUGUCAAAUCCGCCCGUUUGUGUCCCCACAUUUCAUUCAAAUCCGCCCGUUUGUGUCCCCACAUUUCAUUCAAAUCCGCCCGUUUGUGUCCCCACAUUUCAUUCAAAUCCGCCCGUUUGUGUCCCCACAUUUCAUUCAAAUCCGCCCGUUUGUGUCCCCACAUUUCAUUCAAAUCCGCCCGUUUGUGUCCCCAUUUCAUUUUUCAAAUCCGCCCACAUUUCAUUCAAAUCCGCCCGUUUGUGUCCCCCCGUUUGUGUCCCCACAUUUCAUUCAAAUCCGCCCGUUUGUGUCCCCACAUUUCAUUCAAAUCCGCCCGUUUGUGUCCCCUGUUUGUGUCCCCACAUUUCAUUCAAAUCCGCCCGUUUGUGUCCCCCGUUUGUGUCCCCACAUUUCAUUUCGUUUGUGUCCCCACAUUUCAUUCAAAUCCGCCCGUUUGUGUCCCCAAUCCGCCCGUUUGUGUCCCCCCAAAUCCGCCCGUUUUUCAUUCAAAUCCGCCCGUUUGUGUCCCCACAUUUCAUUUCCCACAUUUCAUUCAAAUCCGCCCGUUUGUGUCCCCCAUUUCUCAUCCGCCCGUUUGUUAA